AUGGUGCUCCUUAGCCCGUCGGUCAAAGGUCUCAGAAAGUUACUGUCAGUCUGUGAGAAUUAUGCUAAAUCUCACGGACUGAAGUACAAUGUCUUGAAGACUGAAAUGUUGAUUUUUAAAGCAGGGAAGGGUCCGGAGAGGAUUCCCGAAGUGUUUUUGGACGGGACAGCGGUUCGGGUCGUUAGGCAGUUCAAAUAUCUUGGCCACAUCGUCACUGACGAUCGUAAGGACGAUCUUGACAUGGAGCGAGAAAGGCGGGCAUUGUCGGUUCGGUGCAACAUGCUCGCGCGCAGAUUUUCUAAAUGCAGUACAGAAGUAAAGGGCACCCUCUUCAGGGCUUACUGCCAGUGUUUUUAUACCUGUCAGUUAUGGUACCGGUACAAGAGGGCGUCCUUUAGCACCAUAAGGGUGCAAUAUAAUGAUGCAUACCGCAUCCUUAUGAAGCUUCCAAGAUACUGCAGCGCAUCGAGCAUGUUCGCCGAGGCGGGAAUGCCCGAUUUCUUUGCUGUUAUCAGGACGCGGAUAUCUUCCUUCUGGGAAAGAUUGCGUGGCUCUGAUAACAGCAUCCUCCAGGUGGUAGGCCAGGACCUACGCAGUCCAAUAAUAGCACAUUGGAGGUUGAUGCAUCGAGAUUCAAACAGAAAAUAG